AUGGGUUCACAAGAAAAUGAAGAAUGUUUGCCCCCUCCACCUCCCAUUGUUCCAUCUGAUGUUGAGCCAGUCAAGAUAGAGCAAGAGCUUUUUAAGAAGAAGGGUCCUACUAGGGUUCCAAUGGCUAGGCGUGGACUCGGUUCCAAGGGAAAUAAGCUGCCUUUGCUGACCAAUCACUUUAAAGUGAAUGUUGCCAACACUGAUGGAUACUUCUUCCAGUACAGUGUUGCUCUUUUUUAUGAAGAUGGACGUCCUGUUGAGGGGAAGGGUUCUGGUAGAAAGAUACUGGACCGAGUUCAAGAAACUUACAAUGCUGAGCUGAACGGGAAAGACCUUGCAUAUGAUGGUGAAAAAACAUUGUUCACCAUUGGCUCUCUAGCUCAGAACAAGCUUGAGUUUACUGUUGUUCUUGAUGAUGUAACAUCAAGCAGGAAUAAUGGUAAUCGUAGCCCUGAAGCGAAUGGAAGUCCUAAUGAUGCUGAUAGGAAGAGGGUCCGAAAAACCUUCCGUUCCAAGACAUAUAAAGUUGAAAUCAGUUUUGCCUCCAAAAUUCCUCUGCAGGCUAUUGCCAAUGCCUUAAGGGGGAAUGAGACAGAGAAUUAUCAAGAAGCCAUUAGGGUGCUUGAUAUUAUACUGAGGCAACAUGCUGCUAAACAAGGCUGCCUUCUUGUUCGCCAAAAUUUCUUCCACAAUGAUGUUAACAAUUUCACAGAUGUGGGAGGUGGUGUACUUGGGGUUAGAGGGCUGCAUUCCAGCUUUAGAACAACUCAAAGUGGACUUUCUCUGAACAUAGAUGUGUCCACAACUAUGAUUGUCCGUCCUGGGCCUGUUGUUGACUUUUUGAUUGCAAAUCAAAAUGCGAGGGAUCCUUUCACUCUUGACUGGGCUAAGGCCAAACGGACUCUGAAAAAUUUGAGGAUCAAAACCAGCCCUACAAAUCAAGAGUACAAGAUUACUGGGCUGAGUGAGUUGCCUUGCAGGGAACAAAUGUUCACUCUGAAGAAGAGAGGGGGCGGAGAAGAUGAGUCAGAGGAGAUCACUGUUUAUGAUUAUUUUGUAAACCGUCGGAAUAUUACUCUGCAGUACUCUGCUGACCUUCCGUGUAUUAAUGUUGGGAAGCCCAAACGACCUACUUAUGUCCCAAUUGAGCUUUGUGAACUGGUUUCCCUACAACGGUACACAAAAGCCCUGUCCACUCUCCAACGGUCUUCUCUUGUUGAGAAGUCAAGGCAGAAGCCUCAAGAACGGAUGAAGGUUUUGUCUGAUGCGUUGAGAACUAGUAACUACGGGUCUGAACCCAUGCUAAAGAACUGUGGCAUUUCAAUAACUUCUGGCUUCACUCAAGUGGAUGGGAGAGUUUUGCAGGCACCAAGGCUGAAGUUUGGAAAUGGGGAAGAUUUCAAUCCCAGAAAUGGAAGAUGGAAUUUCAAUAACAAGAAAAUUGUGCAACCAGCCAGAGUACAGAAGUGGGCUGUGGUGAACUUUUCUGCUCGUUGUGAUGUGCAAGGACUUGUGAGGGAUCUGAUUAAAUGUGGAAGAAUGAAAGGAAUUCAAGUUGAAAAUCCUUUCGAUGUGUGUGAAGAGCAACACACCUUUAGGCGUGCACCACCUGUUGUACGUGUUGAGAAAAUGUUUGAGCUCGUUCAGUCUAAACUUCCCGAGCCUCCUCAAUUUCUCCUCUGUCUGCUUCCUGAAAGGAAGAACUCUGAACUUUAUGGUCCAUGGAAGAAGAAGAAUCUUGCUGAGUUUGGAAUUGUUACUCAGUGCAUAGCACCCUCUAGGGUAAACGACCAGUACCUCACCAAUGUUUUACUGAAGAUCAACGCAAAGCUUGGUGGGAUGAACUCUCUGUUGGGGGUUGAACAUUCUCCAUCCAUCCCAAUUGUGUCUAAAGCUCCUACUCUAAUUUUGGGCAUGGAUGUUUCUCAUGGUUCCCCUGGUCAAUCUGACAUUCCAUCUAUUGCUGCGGUCGUGAGCUCGAGGCAAUGGCCUCUAAUAUCUAAAUAUAGAGCAUGUGUCCGAACCCAGGGUUCUAAGGUUGAAAUGAUUGACAAUUUGUUCAAGCCAGUACCUGAUAAGAAGGAGGAUGAAGGAAUUAUAAGGGAACUCCUGAUCGAUUUCUAUACAAGUUCUGGGAACAGAAAACCUGACAAUAUUAUCAUUUUCAGGGAUGGUGUCAGUGAGUCUCAGUUCAACCAAGUCCUGAAUAUUGAACUUGGCCAAAUCAUUGAGGCCUGUAAAUUUCUUGAUGAUACCUGGAACCCCAAGUUUACUCUUAUAGUGGCUCAGAAGAAUCAUCACACAAAAUUCUUCCAACCUGGAGCUCCAGACAAUGUGCCAGCUGGGACUGUUGUGGACAACAGAAUUUGUCAUCCUAGGAAUUAUGAUUUCUAUAUGUGUGCUCAUGCAGGAAUGAUAGGAACCAGCAGGCCAACACAUUAUCAUGUUCUGUUGGAUGAGAUUGGCUUUUCUCCGGAUGAUCUACAAGAGCUUGUGCACUCUCUCUCCUAUGUUUAUCAGAGGAGCACCACUGCCAUAUCUGUUGUUGCUCCAAUCUGCUAUGCUCACCUGGCUGCUUCACAAGUGGGACAGUUCAUGAAGUUUGAGGAUAGAUCUGAAACAGCAUCCGCUCCCGGUGGAAAAAACGCUCCUGCGGUACCACAGCUUCCAAAGUUACGACAGAAUGUCUGCAAUUCUAUGUUUUUUGUUUGA